AUGUCAUUCUCCUUCUCUAGCCUGCUCGUCCCGCGGACAGGCGCUGCGUCAUUGAGGUGCGCGAACUACGCGCGGCGGAAAGCUUUUGAGGCGUGGCGAUGGUCGUCGUCCUCAUCAGGUUCUGCAGAGUCUGGUAAUGAUCGGGCUGGCAGUAGCACGAAGCCUGAAAAGCCGGCGCAGAAGCCAAAAUCCACGGAUGACGCGCCCCCCAUUCCCCUGUUGCAGCGUCCGCUUGGUCUCAGGCAGCCACCGAUCGCUGCUGAGCGGACCUGGUCAACUACGCGCGAGGAGCUGAUGGAUCAAGAUGUCCGCAUGGCCCAGCGGGAGCAGCUGAUUAAGGAAGUGGGAAAGGGAUAUUUCACGGACUUGAACGCGACGCGGCAUCAUGGUGGCAAGACAUGGAUAGCUCCGAAUGUUAACAUUCGUGAAGACAAAGCACUCUAUUUCCCGAAUAUGAUGGGUACAACGCUGGAUGGCAAGAAAAAGCAGCACACGACGAGCAUAUGCCGAGGCAACAUCUCUGUCGUAUCCAUGCUCAACUCUCGUAUGUCCGAGAUCCACGUCAAAGGCUUCACCGAACCCACCAACGCCCGCUUCCUCUCCAACCCCCUCUACAAAUACGUGCAAGUGAACCUGCAAGAAAACCUGCUCAAGUCGUUCCUCGUCUCGCUCUUCCUCUCGUCCAUCGCAAAGGCGACGCCGGCGGAGCUGCACCCGACGUACAUGGUCUCGAGCCAGAACAUGGACUUUGUGCGCGAGCCGCUGGGGAUGGUGAACCGGCACGUCGGGUACGUGUAUCUGCUCGACGAGAACCUGCGGGUGCGCUGGGCGGGCUGUGCGGACGCCAAGGCGGAGGAGACGGCGGCGCUGGAGAAGUGUGUGGGUGUGUUGCUGGCGCGGUUGGAGCAGAGUAAGAAGGGGAAGGCGAAGAAGUCGUAGUGCUUCUGCUUUCAGUGAUCUCUAGACAUUAUUUGCAGCUAAUCUAGCACAGUCCUACUUGGUUAUAGAACCGCC